AUGAUCGUGCUGUUGAACAAUCCGCCUGCCUCGACCCCAAGUUUGUGCGCAGAGAACCCGGCCGUGCUGCUCCACCACGACGUACCAUCGCUUGUCUGCGCCCAUCUGGAUGACGAUGCAGUUGUGGAGACUGACGUGACUACGAAGUCCAAAUUGCCCCCAUGCAAUCUCGUGGACGCGGUUCAGCUGGUGGCAAAGGUUCUGUUCGAUCCCAACUUUAAAACGUGCAAAGCAGACUCUGGCGUGUCGAUCGGGAUGACGGGCGUGCCUGGCGCAGACGUGUUGGAAAAAGUCAAAAAGAGCGAAGGGUGCCAGCGCGUGUUUACGUCCGUGAAAGACUUGCUCAAGAACAACCCGAAGGCCAAAUGCACCGUUCAGGGAACGCCCCUCGUCGAAUUUGCAGGCAAGACAAUCGUCGACUUUGUCGAGAACCUCAACCAGCUCAAGGCUGGUCUCCCAGCAUAGCGUGUUUCAACGGGACAGUCCGGUCAGCCAAAGCCCACCCUGACUGUCGCCAUAUUUGUGUAAAGAGCUCGGUGGAGCUCGAUAUCCCUGCGCGCCAUCUCGCUCCCAAACUUGCUUUCAAAUCCAUCGGUGUGAACGUUUACAAGGCAUACAAACGGCAUCGUCCACCUUACGCAACAGUGAAUGCCCGCGUCGCCUUCAUCACGUUCUUCGCGUCGAGGCGAACGGAAGGGAUUGUGAACUGACCGGUGACGGCCCACGACGUGCUCGUGGCCGCGACAGUCGCCGUGUCGAUAGCAACAGAUUUCGGAACAAAACAUCAUCUCGUUGCCGUGGUUGAACCACAUGACAGUGUACUUUUCUGCGGCGGCGAGCGCCGGGUUGGACUGGAGGUCGGUGGGGAGGCGCAGCUGAGCGAGCGGGAUCAGUUGCAGCGCGACUUUCUUCCCCGA